AUGGGAAUUAAGGAUUGCUAAAUGAAUUAAAGUGAAAUUAAUUAGAAUAUGGAUGAUAGAGUUUAUAUAUAAUUUAACUAUAAAUAGGAAAAACAAUGUAAAGAAGUAGUGAACACACAUAGAGAUUUGGGUUUGACAAAUGAAAAUUCAAAAUCUAGUCAUGAUUAAAAAUACAGAUGA